CAUGCUUCCAAAAAUUCCUUCUCUUCGAUUUUCUUACAUUCUUCAUGUAUCAAUUAAGAUUUCACCUCUAGUAAUAUGGAGCCUCUCAACUUGUCUUUUCUUGAGUUCUCAUCAUCAUGCCGUCUAUUUUUCACUUGUGUAGUGCUUUUGCCAUGCAUUAGCCAAGUCUUUUCAGCUAACAAUAUGACCGACAAGCUCGCGUUGCUUGCAUUCAAGGCCACAAUAACUGAGGACCCUUUUGGUGCGCUCAAUUCAUGGAACCAUACGACCGACCACUGUCAGUGGCAUGGUGUCAUGUGCGGUCACCUACACCGUAGAGUCACGGGACUCAACCUACCAUCCUUGAAGCUUUCAGGAUCCAUCUCCCCUCACAUUGGAAAUUUGAGCUUCUUGAGAACCCUGAUGCUCAAGAACAAUAGUUUCCAUCACAAAAUCCCACAAGAAGUCAGCCAUUUGCACAGUCUACGUUUCUUGCUAUUAUCAAACAACACAUUGGACGGUGAAAUCCCAAGAAACUUGUCGAGUUGCGCUCGCCUUACAAGGCUCGGCCUUGCUAACAACCGGCUGGUUGGAGAAAUUCCCAUUGAGUGCUUUUUCUUAGUGAAGAUUCAGGUUCUUGCGUUAGGUAACAACUAUUUAAGGGGAACUAUUCCUUCAUCCAUCGGAAACAUGUCAUCAUUAGAGAAACUCGGUCUUAGUUUUAAUGAGGUGGGUGGGAAGAUACCCCAAGCUCUAGGAAAAUUAAACAAACUCCAAGGGCUUCAAUUAGGAGAAAAUAGGUUGUCAGGCACAAUUCCUCCAUCUAUCUUCAAUCUUUCUUCCAUGCAGCUAUUCGAGAUCAAUGGAAACCAAAUAGGAGGAAUCUUCCGACCAAUAUAGGCUUUGCUCUUCCAAACAUUGAG